AGUUGACGUGUUUCGAAAGCACGACAGCUGGCUAGAGCGCUGUGUCGUUUAGAAGGCCUUAAUAUAUAACAAAAGCACCUGUGAUCUAUGGCGCACAUCUACUUGUGCAAGCCGCAGUCACUGGUGCGCCCGCUGUCUCCGUCGCGGUCCAACACCUACUUAGACGAUAUUCUGCACCAAACACGUAUCUGUGGCGUCUUUCCGUCGUACACCGCGCUGAUUGCGGCGGCGGGCAACGACAUCGCGUCACGCCCCGGUGCUGUGCGCCAGCCACCUCCGCUGCCGCAGCCCCUCACGGAGCAGCAUGAGCACACGGGUGACUAUGCCCAGGCUCCCAACGCGAUCUGCGUUGCGGCCCAUCGGAGUCCUUCCGCACCUUUAGUAGUAGAAGAUGGAGUGAUGCUGCAACCGCCACCGCCCUACGCCGAGGUGCAGGCAUCGCCGCACCGUGAAAGUUGCGAUGUCCCGCAACCAAUGCGAGAAGAGGCGUCAGCGUCGCGUGAUCGCACCGUGGAAUAUGUAAAUGAGUUUCUUCACGUGCACACGCAUCCUCUCGCACCACAACCACCACCACCAUCAUUACCAUCACCAGCACCGCCGCCACAGCCACCGGUAGUAGUAGAAGCUGCAGCGAACGCCGGGGGAGAAUCGCCUUCUUACGGUGCCGCUAUGUCCCCGAAGCCCCCGGUCGUUCUACAAGCAAAUAAUAAGAAAGGCAGGCGUAGUCGCCAGACAACUUCACAGCAAAGAGACGCGCCAAGUCGCCCAUUGGCCACUUCCGCCGUGUGUGAGAGUAACGCCCAUGGCGAGGUUCCGUCGUCUCUAGCUUAUGCGCAGCGCUUUUUGGUAGAGUACGAAGCCCUGUCCAGGCGCGACAUCAUCAUUGACUACUACGCCGCCUUCCCACCGCCGCCGGCCCCAGCCUCCGGCGUCGGCGGAGAGGUGCCGUCGGCGACCACUUCUCGUUCGCCUCUUCGCAACCGGCAGCCGCCAGCCCCCUCGGUGACCGCACCGUUCGCAAAAAAACGAGGGAAGCGACCGAAGCCGACAAGGGACGGCUUUGUUUCCGCAAGCCGGCACAGUUGUCGUCUGGUGUUCCCCGGUUCUCUCUGGGACGCCGUGCUCCGACAUCAUCGGAAGUUUCUGCAGCACGCUCUGAUCCACGACGUAGAGGCAGCGCUGCCGGCCACGUCUGUCGAUGUCAUCAGCCUUCACACCUCUGCGACGGAGCUGGAGGCGAUCCUGUCCGUGAAGGAAAUCAACCCGCGUCGUCGCGUCAACGCCGAUGCGGUGCUGCAGGAGUGCGGCUUCGACGGAGUGUGGGAGACAUACAACUUUGUUUCCUCCGUACUAAUAGGUAACGGCAACUCCCAGCAUCCGCUGCCCUCUCUCGCCACACCUCCCGCACCGCCACUUCCACGUCCCCUUCCACCAGCCCAGUUCCGCACACGCGCAAACGAAGAAGAACAAGAAAAAGGUGUCGAAGAGGGCGGGGUUGCGCAGAAUCAGGCUUCUCCCUCACCUCGCACUGCCUCGCGCGUGGGGGGUGCCCCGUGGCGACAGACACGCCAGCAAGCGAACCGACGUGGUGAGGCUCCCAGCACGCAGUCAGAGCUGGUCGUGCCAAUCGUCUUUGCGACCAGCGUCACGAACAAACUGCGUCGUGCAGCCCGCAGCGGCACAAGCGGCGACUUGCACGUUGCGCUACGUCGCGAUGGCCUCUAUGCGGUGCCGUCUGCGAAAGAAGUGCGAGUGCGCGCUACUCGUGUAAACGCCGACGGCCUCUACGUCGAGCUGGUGUUUCGCUGGCAAGAGGGGGACGAGGUGGAAGAAAACGCGGAGGAGGCCAUGGCGGAUGCACCCUUCACCGAUACGUGGAAGUACCUGGAAGAGUGUCAGCCACCCACAACGACAAGUGUGCUGUCAACCGUCGUGAAGCGGGAAGCGAGCACUGUGAGGCAGACAGCAGCGGCAACACCGCGGCAGCAGGAGCAACGAUAUCAACAGCAGCCACAGCAACGUUCUCCUCCGUCGCAACCAGUUCGUCGUGUGGGCGCCGGCACGGCGACGCGCACAGAGACGUCGCCAUCGUCCUCAUCGACCCGCUACUCGGUCAAGAUGUUCAAUAUGAUGUGCGAGGUGCCGCUGCCGACUCCAUUAAUGGCUGCAAAUGAACCCAACGUGUCGCGUGGCGCAUUGCGGGCAGACAUCGCUCGGCUCCCCAUGGAGGCAGUCAGUGAAGCGCAGAUCAGCAUUGGCUCCCCGCAGACAUCGACGGACGGCAACUCCUCCGUCGGUUUUGAGGUGGACGCGGUGCCGAAAAGGGUAGCGCGCAGCGUGCGGGCAGCGUCGUUUCCGCAGAGCUUUCCCCACCUCGCUCGUCUAUCCCCUACGGUGCCCAGAGCAGCAGCGAUGGGUGUCGCAGCGAGAACUCCUGUACCGCAUCGUGCGACAGUAGGCACAAGCAUGACUUCUCUGACAAGGUCAGCAAGCCAAGUCAGUGAGCGGAGCAGUGAAACAGACAACGUUGCAGCAGCAGAACAGGAAAUGCCACAGGUCCCCCCAGCGGCACUGCUGAGCCCUUUGGACGGCGGUGACAACACGGUAAGUGAGGUCUUUUCGGUGUCCGACGACGCACGACCGGCUUCACUGAUUUGCGCCGCCACGCAGACCUCCUUCACCGUCUCUUCCUCUUCCACGCUGGUUGUGUCAGCACGCGUCAGAACACCAAGCAGAGUUACUUCCUCUGUUUUUUCGGAUUCCUCUUCCGGAGUGAUCUCGCCGGAGCAGCAGCAGCAGCAGCGGGAGUCUCGCUGUUCACAUGUGACAAGCGAGUCGAGUGGUGCCACCUCUCAGGUCGCACCGCUACCGGUACUCUUUGCUGUUGAGGCGGUGAGCCCACAGGCGUUGGUCGCUGCAGUCGCACUUCAUGCGAGCGAAAGCGAACCGUCCGUGGCAGAUGAAGAAGUCGAUGGGAAUGGGCACGUGGCGGAGGCGGGCGGCAGCGCGGAGUCUGCGGAGUCACCGCAUAGCACGGCGUCCAGUGCGUCGUCGGAGGACGGCAACGAAGAAAGCGAAGAUGAAGGGAGCGUGCAACCGGUGGCUGUGGCGCGGGGCAGAGUGCGCUCGUACGUGCAAAUCGAGGACGGCCGAGGCACUUCGUUGCCUUCACUUGAGGUGACAGAGGCGGUUCCUGGCGUCCCGGUGGCGGCGCCGACGGAGCUGAAAUACUCGGUGCAAAGCCCACGGCUGACCUUUUCUAUUUUGGGCGAGAAGUGGGCCGCGCUGCUGGAGGAGUAUCCCGUGCUACUGAAACGCGCCUUGCAGGCCGACGUGCAGGACCUCUGCAGUGUUCCACUGAGCGCGUUAGGAAACGUGGACAUCACCUACGACGAUCGGUUACGGGUGGUGGUGGUGGUGGACCCAGACGUGACGCUGAAGCCGAUGGCCGCUGCGUCAGCUGCAAUGUUGUCCAUCGGAGACGGCUCGGACACCACCCUGCCGGUUGAGCGCCUGCCGCACGCGUGGAGUCUCUACAACCGGCAAGCGCAGCAGCACUUUUUACCAGCCGCGGAGUCCUCCAAGCCGCCGUUCGCCUUCUCCUUCACCCGUCGCCCGAAGGAGUCGCCGAUUCUCUGUCGUCAACCCACGGACAGCCGUGCCGUCUUAAACGGUUCCAUUCGUACGGUGAAGCUGAACCCGGUGGAGUCGCUGCUAUCUCCCGUUUCUGCUGUGGGCGACUCCCGCAGCAUCAGCCGUAGCAGCGUCGUUUCUGUCUAUCAAAUUGAACUGCCCGGCACCCUGUGGAACACGCUCCUCGCCCACCGCCGCGACGAGGUGACGGCAGCGGUGAUGGCGGAUGUAGAGGAGCUCCUCGCUGACCAGCUCGCCCAACUCACCUUAGAAGACAUAACCGUGCAGGAGGACGGACGGCUGCGGGUGGACUUUGGUGUCCCGCUGGUCGCGCUGCCGUGUGGGCUGAACCCGCCGCAGUUCCGGUGGGCGCUCGAGCGACUGCCGCUGACCCACCUUCGUGAGCUGCAGAGCACCGCCGCGUCCCACGUGCCCACCACCGCGCAGAUCAGCCGCGUCUUCGACGUGCCGGCGCUCCGCGAGGAUGUCAUACAGCAAGAGGAGGCGACGAUUCGCACCUUGUUUGUGUCGGAGACGUGCGCGCUGGUCGACACCACGGACGACAACGUGCUGCGGCUGACGGUAUCGGGCAAUCUCACCAUCGGCGUGGUGAUGCGGGUGCCGAUGCAAUCGGUGGCGAAGGCCUGGCAGAAGGCGUUGAUGGAGUACCGCUACCCGGCGCUGAUCGACUUCCUGAGGGAGGUGGCCACACGCGAAACGCUGCCUAAUCCGCUGUCCGCGGAUGCGAUGCGCAGGGCGACGCUUUUGUCGAGCUCCUCACUCAUGGUGACCUCGCCUGCAAAGGAAAGCACACAGGCGAAUGUGACGACGUCUCCUGCGACUGUCGACAGCAGCAGCAGCAGCAGCAGCACCUGCACGAAUGCGAAGGAAGAUAGCAGCAGCGCACACGCCGUGUAUCUUGAGGGGCUACUGUGUCCAAGGUUGCUGGAGGAGCACGCGGUGGAGCUGCACGAGGCGGUCUUGUCCGACGCAGCGUUGACGCUGUCGCCGCUAUCUGUUUCCGUUGAGCAGUUGGUGCCGACCGUUCAGAGUCACGGUGUCCUCUUCACUUUUCUCUUACGCGGCCUCAGCUCUCCGACUAACUUGCAGGACGUGGAAAACGCGCUGCAAAGCUGUGCCUUCACCAAAGCGAGAGCGCUGUAUACACGUCUGCAGACGGAGCUUGACGAGGAGGUCAAGAUGGAGGCACGGCGUGCAGCCGAAUACGCUAUGCAGCUGGACGGUGAGGCGUGGCUGGAGGUGCUGGAGAAGCACAAGCAAAGGCUCCGUGACACGUUUGCGCUGGAGGCACUGACCUGCCUGCGCGGCAGCGACGCUAUCAAAGUCCCUGUAGGGGUGGCCGUAAAGACGGUGGUACCGAAAGGCACCGGCGUCGCUAUUAGCUACGACGUGGUGAGCAGCAGCGCUGCUGCAGACGCCGCGGACCGUGUUCACGUCGCGGAGGUGCUGGGGCAGUAUCCCUUUCCUCUGCUUUGGGGGCUGUACGACGAGGUGAUGCUGUCUCGCGAGCCCUUAAAGCACACCAUCAACCGGAACUGGAUCACGGCGCGCCGCCAGCGUCUUCUCAACACGGCCUACACCGCUGCGGGAGAGCCGCCUGACUCGCGGUCGUACUCCAUCAUUGGAUACACGGAUGAGAUGGACUUGGAGGAAUACCUGCUGCACUACUCCCCAAAUGCGCCGGCAGGUGACCCGGGAUGUGCUGCUACGGCUGCCGCCACAUCCUCUGGGUCAGCAUCCCCAUUAUCCAUAACUGCGGAGAGCCCAGCUGGACAUGAGGAAUACGAUUUCAGGUACCUUCCGGCACCUUCGUCCCAGUCAUCGUCAACAACGACGCACACCACUCCACAGCUACCGCGGCUCGUGGCACUCGAGGUAUCGCCUCCGCCGCCCCAACCACGUGUGCUCGUCGCACCGCAGUUGGGUGCAAACGUGGCUGCCGCGACGUCGACGCAGCCGUCCACCGUGUCUCUCCCACCACCGCCCCCACUGCCACCCCAAGAGACGGACAAAGCGCCGGUGCAACAGCAGCUGCAAGUGACGCGGCCCCACACCCCCACCCCCUCCCCUAAGCCCCAGCCCGCGGCACAGCAGCCGGAGCAGCAGCAGCCACAGCAGCAGCAAAGCGAGCACGAUACCCCCAACCCAUGCACGCCACUGGCAGCAUCUCAGGUCGACGAAAAGAGCACACUGCGAGAGCUUGUGAGAAGAAUAUCAGAGCAGUGUAGGGUGAAUAAGGACGCUCUCAGAGCACGAACGGCAACUGCAUCGUACAGUUCGAGCGAUGAGGAGGAAACAGACGAGACAGAGGAAGAGGUAGUGGCGGAGAAUGAAGUCGACGACUCGUCGUCCAUCACUGAAGACGACGAAGAGAGCGCGCACGUGUCUCCGCUGCGUCCGUCUCCACCCCCAAACAACGGCGGUGGCGCCGUCGACCAUACUCUUUUAGUUCCACAGACGACCCCCGUGAUGCCGCGCCGACCACUGGACAUCAAACCCGUCCCGGCACCCUCCCAUGCCAAGGCAGUUAUCCACAUUCUCACUUCGGAGCCCGCGGUGUUUUCUCGCCCCACCCCCGCGCCUCCCUCGCGUGCAAAAGUGGAUGUACCAGAGCUGACCUCCGCGAAGCAGAUCGAAGCUCCUGUCCGACUGCGAUCACGUCACCCGUCAAAUGCCGGUGAGGACCGGCAGCUGAAGAACGCUCCUCCGGUUCCCGAUGUGGCACGGCAAUCGCACCCAACAAAGGUGGCGUCGUCGCUCCGGCCGAGCGCAGCACAGAAGGAACCGCUGUUACCUCGCAUGGGCGGCAGCACCAUCACGAGCCACCAUGAGGAGCACAGAGAUGAAAAAGCAUCUUCGUCAUCGAACGAGGCCAAACUCGCCGUGCAGCGAUCUCCGGCGUCGCCAUACACACCUCGAGGUGAUGUGGCGGCCCCGGUCCCAGUGCUUCACCUUCCUCCGAUGGGUCAGCACUCCGCAGCGCCCAUCACCGUGGUGGACGUGCGCAUGACACACCCGCCUCUUGCGGUGCCUCUGGUAGUAAGUCCGCAUGCGGGUGUCGUCGGCACCCGAACCGAACCGGUGCUUUCAGCGGGCGUCUCGCUGGCGAGUUCAUCGCAGCUGUCCUCGCGCAGCCGCAACGCCACCCCGCGUGCGCACAGGCCGUCAAAGGUGGCCGAGUCGACCCCACCGGCGCUCCCCGUCUUGUACGCGUCCGUCACCUCGCCUCCGUGUUCGACGCUCACACUGCCACCCACGAAUCUCCCGCAGUCGUCGACGGCGCCGGUGGGAGAGACGUCGUGCUCUGCUACCCCUGCCACGCAGAGCAGCGGCGCCACCAGUCCGGCGACCGAACCUCCCGUGCGGGUGGUUAAGCACUCGAUGCUUGCACGACCUGGACCGGCAGCUCCACCACUGCAACGGCAGCUACAGCUGCAUUCCCCGCUGCCGGGCCCGCGGGCUGCUGGAGAGGUGCAGAUGAAGUCGGUGAAGAUGAUCCACGAUACUGACUCUCCAGCCCCACCUCGGCAGACUCCGUCGUCGUCGUCGUCUUCGCCUCCACCACCGCAACUGCCCCGCUUGCACCCGAGCGUGAAGCACACAGAUGCGACGCAGGCAGCGGUGGUGAAGCGAGCGCCUUCUACCUCCCCUCCAGACGUGCUAUCGGACGGCCCGACCGGCUCUCACCACAGCCGCGUUUCACCUUCGACCUCGCAGGCGUCGGCGUCGCGAAACAGCAUGUCAUCCCGGCCGAGAAGCGUCAGCGGCGGUGACACGCCGAAGUUGAAGUUGCCCGAGGUGCGCACGGACCAGUCGGCCGCGGUGGCGGUAGUGACGCAGCCGAAUGACCGCUUCGGCGCCCUUUGGCAGAACCUCUCCGCGGUUGAGCACGCUGUGGGUGCCCGUUACGCCCGCGUGGAACGAGAGCUGAUGGUGGCGGCUGAUGGAUCGGCGUCAGUAACGGGUGCGGCGAGCGGAAAAGAAGGCCACCGUGGAAGGUAG